AAGGGUCCGAGAGAAGGCGCGCGCGGCGCAGCGCACUGGGCACACCCGCUUUCCGCACAUCGCACAUCUGCGCAGCGCGCGCCGGGGAGAAAUGACGCGCGAGGAGGACGAGUGAUGGACGCCGUCCUGAGGAGCGCGAGGAAGUAGGUCAUCCGUGCGCGCGCGCGCACCGAGCAAACGGGAAUAAACACCGGAGGAACCCACAAAGGACACCAAGUCUGCCGCUUCUGCUUCUUCUUCUCCGCGCCGUUACGCACAAACGCAAGCGCGUGAAGACUCCCUGCUGUCUUCCUGCAAAGACAAAGCGCUCAGAUCAACUUGGGUUUGAUUUGCUCCAAACAGGAGCGCCAGCCGCUUUUGGUGCUCCGGUUGUUACCGGAGGCGCGUGCGUGCGUUCGUCGGAUCCUAAAAGGUGACCCGGUGGCGCGUGGAUGCAGGAGCAUGGAGCAGAGAGAGAGGGCGCCUGCAGCAGUGCCCAGGUGGGUGUGUCCAUGGUGGCGCGGAGCACUAAUGUGGGCACGGCCCCGGUGGAGGACAUGCAGGCGCUGUCAAUCACCACUCUCUCUGCCUCUGAAGUGGAGCAGCAGUACGAGCUGAUUGGUCCGUUAGGGAAGGGCACGUAUGGCCGAGUAGAUCUGGUGGCUCACCGCACACAGGGCACAAAACUGGCCCUAAAGUACGUCAGUAAGAACAAGACCAAGCUUCGGAGUUUCCUUCGUGAAUACAGUUUAACCGCAGCAUUGGGCUGCAGUCCUUUCAUCAUCAAAGCUCUGGAUGUUCUCUUUGAGACCGAGGAGAGUUACGUAUUUGGCCAGGAGUACGCACCUGCAGGAGACCUCUUCGACAUCAUACCUCCCCAGGCUGGCUUGCCUGAGGACAUGGUCAAACGGUGUGUGCAGCAGCUCGGCUUGGCUCUGGACUUCAUGCACAGUAAAAGUCUGGUCCACCGAGACGUGAAGCCAGAAAACGUGCUCCUGUUUGACCGCGAGUGCCGACAUGUAAAGCUGGCUGACUUUGGAAUGACAAGGAGGGCAGGCAGCCGUGUCAAACGAGUCAGCGGCACCAUCCCAUACACAGCAGCCGAGGUGUGCCAAGUCACAGGCUCCGAGGGCAUCGUAGUGGCAACGCCUCAGGACGUAUGGGCUUUCGGCGUGCUCCUUUUCUGCAUGCUGACGGGAAACUUCCCAUGGGAAGCAGCGCUGCCCAGUGACAACUUUUAUGCAGAGUUCCAGCGCUGGCAGCAUGGCGCCUGCCCUCCGGGCGCUGUGCCCUCACAAUGGCGCCGCUUCUCUGACGACGCACUGCGCAUGUUCAGCCGACUCCUAGCGCCUGAGCCUGAGCGUCGCUGCGGCGUCAAAGAGGUUUUUUACUUCCUAAAAUAUGAUCUACUCACCCAUCAUCGCAGAAGAGCUUCCUGCCGAGCCUCUAGAGCCACACGAGGCUCCUCCCAUAAACACGGAGAACACGCCUCCACGCCGAGCACUUCCUGUCUCCGACCCACGCCUCUGAAACGUAGCAUCCUGUCAGACCCGCACUCGUCGAGGGAGGAGCUUUCAAAAAGUCCUUCCCCUAAUCGGCAGGACAAGAGUAAGAUGGUAAUGGCCACGCCCAUCGAGAUCUGCGUAUGAAAGCACACACUUACUUCCAUAUUCAUAAGAUAUAUUCAUAGGAAUUAGACCAGCCCUGUUUUUUUUGUACAUGAAAGGCGAAACAGAUCGGAAAGGAAUUUGGGACUGGAGCUGAAGAUACCGUACCGUAGGGUCCAAAACACCCCUAGAAUCCACUAUUAGGAAGUGGUUUUAUUUCGAUAUUUAUUCAAAGCGAAGACAAUUUAUUCAGUCGAUGUGCAAUAUCAGACGAAAACCCAGACAAAAAAGCCAAUAUAUAAGGAGUAAAACAUUUUGGGGCAUGUUGUUAUCGGAAAACAAUCAAUGUAGUAUGGUGGUAAAAUGUUGACUUACUUGCAGUUCACACUGCAAGGCUUAAUGCUCAAUUCCGAUUUUUUUGUGAAAUCCGAUUUUUUUGUGAGGUCGUUCACAUUAACAAAUAUAUGUGACUUGUAUGUGAUCCUCAGUAUGAACGAAAAGCGACCUAAAAGUGUUCCGCAUACGCAUUGCAGGAUACGACGACGUCACACGCAGUGAGCAUGGCCAGUGUUUACGGAAGUAAAACCGCCUGGUUGCGGUAUGACCCAUCCAAUCUAGCUUGAAUAGCUGCAUCCCCCCAAAUGGAAAUCAGCUCCCUAACCUCUGCGUCCUUCCAUUGAGAAGAUUCAGAACCUUCACAGCCCGAAGCGUCCCUCGCAUUGAUGUCAUGCGCAGGGGCACAGAUACGUUUUUUGAACUGGGGGGGACAAAGCUGCCAGCAAACCAACCCCAACCCCGAUAUGCCUGUCAAACUUGUUGUGGGUUACCAUAGCAACCAAGCUCGAGCUUGCAACCUGUGCAGUCUGCGCAGCUCAACCAGCCGAAUAUCAGUCUUUGUUUUGUUUUAUGUGAGUUGUUGCAACUAUGUAUACACUGCUGUGCACCUCAAUAAACCGAAUGGUAAUUAGUCUUUUGAUUUUUCCGUGAGGUUUGCCUUAUGCAAAGAAAGACAGCAUAGACGUUUUUUCCUCCCUAUAAGUGGGGGGGACCGAACGAGGUGAAUUUAAAUCUGGGUGGGACGAGUCCCACCCUCUAUCUGCGCCCGUGAUUAUGCGCCAUGUUGUUGUAACUUUUUUUGAGAGACCCGCCGCCUACUUCAGCGCAGAAUAGUGGCGUUUGUGGCUUGUUGAUGACGUGUAAGUCGGAUGAAUGCGACCUGGCGGUUCAGACUGAAGUCGCAUAUGAAAAGAGCGGAUAGGAAUCGGAAUUAGGACCACGUAUCCAAACGGCCUGGGUCGGAUUUGAAAAAAUCGGAUCUGUGUCGUUCAUAUUGUCAAUAAAAAGUCGGAUACAGGUCACAUAUGGGCGAAAAGAUCGGAUUUGAGUCACUUCAGCCUGCAGUGUGAACGUAGCCUAAUUGAUGUUUUACUGAUUAUUUUCCGAUAACAGCACCUCCUGAAGCGUUUUUUAUUAUUCUUGUACCGUACAAGAGCAAAUUGCCAACAAUUCCACUGUUUUGCUAAUGAACAUACAAUACGUCACACUUUUUAUUAUCCAUUUCUAGUUACGUCAAAGUAGCGGAGCAUCCAGAAGACGAGUCAGCGCAAAUUCCCUCCCCCAUGUUGUAAAACCUCCUGACCGUUACAAAGCGCCGACGCUGGAGACUCCUUCCAUAAAUUUCCUGACAGAAAACUAUAUUCAUGAUUACAUGUAAUUUCUCAUAACUUCUCCGUUAUUAUAGUUCUCAAUUAGUGGACUUUCGGUACUAAUUUAUUGAGUGGUAGGAUCAUAGAAGCACUUCCUAUUUUACGACUUUCACAACGUCCUAUUCUUCCUCUUUAGUACGAGCAAAUUGUGAUACGAGAUACGACUUUGAGAUCAGGUAGCUUUGUUCAAGCCUGUAGAUCGGUCUUUCCAGUUCAGAGUACUUCUUCUUCUUGUCGUUCUUCUUCCUUAAUCCUUGAUGGUUCAGAGCAUACAACGAGAACUUCAUCCCGAGACGAACUCCGUUUUUCUGAGGCGGCCCUCCGUCUAGUCAUGUGACUCAACCAUCCAGCCUAUCAGUGGGCUGAUAACUGCGGAGAUUUUUGACUGAUAUGCAUUUCUACGAAGUAAACUAUACGGCCACUUCCCAUGUAUGGACAUUGUCGUUACACAGGAUAUGACAUCACUCACCUACACGCAUAUAUGGGGGAAAAGCUAUCUGUAGAUGACAGGGAUUCUUUAUUACGGUAUAUAUGUACGUGUGUGUGUGUGUGUGGUUGUGUUUAAUAGUUCUGUAUAAGCACAAGGUUUUUAUAGCUUGUUUAAGAAACUUUAAGGACUAUUGUCAAGAGGGUUAACGGGCACAAAUGUUCAGUAUGUGUUCAGGUAGUGCCAUUAUGUAGCUUUUUUUUUUUUUAAUUGUAAGAAACUUUAUUAACGAAUAUCCUGCACAGAAGCAAAUUGUAGUAGCCUGAAGAUUAGCACCUGUUUUCAAAGGAUGUCUGGGGGACCGAUACCUUUAGUAUUUUUCAUAUUUGGGUCAAAUAAGAUAGCAUUAAGGAGUUUCUUUCUAACUUUUGAAGCAAAAAUAAGAAAGUAGGGCAUGGUAGUUAGUGUAGCAGGGGGAUAACAGUUGCAACGUUUGAGUUCAGCAGGUGAAGAAUGAUCAAAAAGCAAGCGAGAAGAACAACUUGGGGAUGGGUUAUAGGGGUUUGGUGUUUGAUGCUGCAAAAACUAAACAAAAAAACAAAGAAACAAAAAACCCCCACAGUAUUAAAUUAUGUAGCAGACGGUACAAGAGGUAUAUGUGUCAUAGAAGACGUUGGUCUUUGCUAAACUGUAUCAUGUCGAAUAAAAUGAUACGAAUGGGACGAA